AUGACAUCUCCUGAUGAUAAGACUUGUAUGAAAAUAGUUUCGAACACAGCCUUUCGUAUGUGGACGUGCGAAAAUGAGAUAAAGCAAGUUUAUAUAAAAGUUUCUAAAAUCGCAAAAGCCGUCCAUGCAUUUAUGUGGCCGGAUUAUAAAUAUCAACCUAAUCGUAAAAAACGUUUGCAAAAUUCUUUUCGUUAUGAUCCGUAUAUUCCUGUACCCUUUUAUGAUUCGCAACCAGCACAAAAUUUUUCAUAUCCUAAUAACUUCGUUUCUUUUACUAAUAAGUAUAUUCCCCAUAUACAACAACUCGAUAUAAGCCUAACAAAAUUAAAUUAUUAUAAUGAUAGAAUUCUUUGUCAGUCUGUUGACAGACAUGUCAAGAUUUAA